UCAGUCGGAUGCAACAGUAUCUCCCAAUCCGAGCAGCCUGAGCGGCCAUUGGCGGCAGGUCCGCUCCCUAAAAGGCCCCGCGCUUGCCAAUCUCUGUUCUCUGCCAGGUCCUGGAAUGCCUGAAUCCGGGACUGAUGGUCCGCACAUGUCCACUGGGAGGGAGGAGACCGCAAAAGGCAGGGAGACUAGACUCCGGAGGACUUAGAGUCCAGUUUAAUCUCUCUCUCCUUUCAUUUUGUUUAUUCAAAGAAAAACUACAUGUAUAUAUAAAAAAAUCACACACACACACACACACGCGGAGAAUUUUUUUUCUUUGAAUAUAGAUCCAGAACUUGUUUUUCCGGAUUUGGAGGUUUUUUCUGCUUUCCCUCGCUCGGCUAUCCUUUGCGUUCUUGCUCUCUCCCCGCUCCCUCCUUAACCCAACUCAGGUUGAAACUUCGUGGCGCGCGUUCCCUUCACCCCCUUCAGGGAUGGCUCUGAGCUCUCGCGCACACGCCUUCUCGGUGGAAGCUUUGGUGGGGAGAACCAGCAAAAGAAAACUGCAAGAUCCAAGAGCGAAGGCGCAGUCUGAGUUACAGGAGAAAGAGGGCAGAGAGGAACAGGAGGAGAGAAGGAGCGGCGCUGCAAGGAAGAGCGAGCAACCCGAAAAGCGACCCAAGACAGAACCCUCAACUACCCUCUCUGGCUGCGGCGGCGGCGGUGGCGACGGCAACAGCCGCGACAGUCUAGAGGAGAAAGAUGUUAUCCACGUGGAACUUCAAGGAUCCGAGCUGUGGAAGCGAUUCCAUGACAUUGGAACUGAGAUGAUCAUUACCAAGGCUGGCAGACGGAUGUUCCCCUCAGUUCGAGUCAAGGUGAAAGGACUGGACCCAGGAAAGCAGUACUACGUGGCCAUCGAUGUGGUACCGGUGGAUUCCAAACGCUAUAGGUACGUGUAUCACAGCUCACAGUGGAUGGUAGCUGGGAAUACAGACCACUCGUGCAUCACUCCCAGAUUCUAUGUCCACCCGGACUCGCCCUGCUCGGGAGAGACCUGGAUGCGGCAGAUCAUCAGCUUCGACCGUGUGAAACUCACCAACAAUGAGAUGGACGACAAAGGCCAUAUCAUUCUGCAGUCCAUGCAUAAGUACAAACCCCGUGUGCACGUGAUGGAGCAAGACAGCAGGGUUGACCUGUCCCGGAUUCAGUCUCUGCCUGCUGAAGGGAUCAAAACGUUCUCCUUUAAAGAAACGGAAUUCACUACAGUGACAGCUUACCAGAACCAGCAGAUUACCAAACUGAAAAUAGACAGGAAUCCUUUUGCUAAAGGAUUUAGAGAUCCUGGAAGAAACAGGGGUGUAUUGGAUGGGCUUUUAGAAACCUACCCAUGGAGGCCUUCUCUCACUCUGGAUUUUAAAACCUUUGGUGCAGAUACACAAAGUGGAAGCAGUGGCUCAUCUCCAGUGACGUCUAGUGGAGGAGCUCCUUCUCCUUUGAACUCCUUACUUUCUCCACCUUGCUCUCCACCAACGUUUCACUUACCUACAAGCUCCCUUGGAAUGCCCUGUCCGGAGACAUACUUGCACAAUAUCAACUUGCCCCUUUGCUACAAAAUUUGUCCAGCUGAUUUUUGGCGACAGCAACCUUUUGUCUUACCUACUUCUGAAAGGCUAGCAAGCAGCAACAGUUCUCACCCUUUAGCCCCACUCAUGAUGGAAGUGCCCAUGUUAUCUUCUCUGGGGGUUGUUGGUUCAAAAAGUGGUUCCUCUGAAGACUUCAAUGGGCAGUGUCUUCAAACAUCUAAUUCUGCCAGUCAAAUGUUGUAUGGAUUACAGGCAUCUGGAAACAUUUUCCCACCCAACUCCAUUGCCCGAGAAGCACUCAGUUGCUCUUUCCAUCCUCCCUAUGGCUUUUAUAGGUAUAACUUCUCUAUGCCAUCUAGACUGGUAAAUGCUGCCAACCAUCUCAAAGUGAAUGACAACAGUCAAGUUUCCUUUAGAGAAAGCAAAUGUAAUCAUGCUCAUUGGCAUUCAACAAUUAACCAUUGUCUUUAAUGGAACAAUCAAUUUCUAAUACAAUUACAUGUAAGCACAUAUUUUCUUUAUUUGUAGCCAAAGAAAGAUAAACUGCUAUUGAGCUUAAAAAGCUUCAUAACCAGACAGCAUUGCUCUGUUAAGUUUUUUAAGUGCCUUAUCUAAUGUUCACAAGAAGUUGGGUAUACACUCAAAUGUGACUUGCAGAAUCGCUGAUUACAGUGGCCUUGGGCUCCAAAAUAAGAAACUUGGUAAAUAUUAUUUGAUGAGAGAGUCCUCCAGUGAAACUGAUGUCGAGUGAUGGGCUCUCCAAUUAUGGUGAGGCCAGUUUACCAUACCAACUUUUUUUUUUAGCGUAUUGACAAUAACCAAGAGACGUAUGUCAUUCCUAUGAAAGCGGUGAAACAAUUUCAGUCUCAUUAAUGAAGAUUGGCUUCACUGUGAUUAUCUAUCAGAGUUAUUGUAGAAGAAAAUUUAAUUGCCUUAUACAUUUAUACUUUGCUAUUGAAGGAAAUACUAAUUUCAAGGUACAAAUAAGGAAAUAAACUUUCUAGAAUUAUUUUUAUUAAUCCUUGUAGCCUAAGAACUAUUUAAUCCUGAAGGAGCACAAAGAUCAAAAGAAAAGUAAACUAUUCUAAAUAAAUGUGAUCUUUUAUUUCCUUUUUCGAUGAUCAUUCCUAGAUGAAGCUUAUUUACUUCUUUAACAAACUUGAUAUUUAAAAACAAAUUUAAAAAAAAAAUGAUUAUAGUUCUCCAAAAAGAUUAAGAAACUAUGGCUUGAAGGAGGAAACUACAUUUGAGGCUAUAAUUAUGAAGAUAGAAUUACAUGAGUAUAAUUUAAUUCCACUCUUGUGUAUCAAUAGCAUUAAAUUAGACAAGAUGAAAGUAGAAUAAGUAACACAAAAUUCAAAAGUUUUCUUUCAUGAGAUCCUAAAAUUCUGAACAGAAUUAUGAACUACAAUCUAUAUAUAAAAUCUGUAUGUCUUUUACAUAAAUCAGAUUGUAAUUUUUUAUGCCAGUAACUCUAGCCAUUUUAUUAAUUCAAGGGCCUUAAUAUCACAAUGACAUGACUUGACUUUUGACAAUUUACCCAAACUGCUAAACUGAGUUUUCAAGAUUUUCCUAAAUAAAUUAGGAAGAACAUAUAAGUAUUAUUUAUUAUGUUCAAAUGGUUAUUUAAUCCAAAAUAUGCCUUAUAAAUGUGCCCUGCUAUGUAUUCAUAAAAAUUAUAUGUUCUUCACUCUUGGAAAUAUGGAUAUAAUAGCACACAGUUUUCAAAAUAAGUAUUCUAGUUAAGAAGAAGUAUUUGUGGCCUAUACAUAGUAGGGAUCUGUUACAAAGGUCUUCAAGGCAUAAAAUCUGUCUUAAUCUAAAUUUUUGUUAAAACAGGAUUAAAAGCAACAAGCACACUUUAUCUUUGUCUACUCCAAAACAGGAAAUCUGUAGGCUAACUUCAAUCAGUGUAAUAAUUAGGAAGUUUUUUUUAGCAGAAACUCCCAUGUCAGAUUAUACUGAAACUUACUCCAAGGGCUUAAAAGGAAGAACCUCAGUAAUUGAUGAGAAAGUAUCUAAUUGAACAAGUAAGAAAAUCUGUUUUUUAAAAGAAUUAUUUAAGAGAGGCAUUAAUUUUAUAGAUAGUACAGAGUACAAAUAGCCCAUACUUUAUGUAUCAGAUAGAUUUGCUGUGUAUUUCCCACUUAAAACUGAUAAUAUGGAAUUACAUUGAUAAUGGCGAUUAAUAUAAAAAAUCAAAGUCUGAAUGCUAGAAGUUAGGUAUGUAUAUAUCUUAAACUAUUUUGUAUCAUUUUUAUAAACUAUCAUUUCACACAUUUAAUUGAAAAAGUACCCAAUGAAAAGCCUUCACAUAAAAUUAGGCUUGGAAGAAAUUUCAAGAGGUGUAGCAAAUAAUCCCUGCUUCUGAGAAAGUUAUAAAUCUGUAGGAAUCUGUAAAUAACUAAUUAAUACACAUAGUUAUAUAGUGCCCUUAUUUUUUCUGUUUGAAGAAAUUCCUACUCCUUAACUCUGCAAAACCCGAGUAACUUGGUAAAUUGACUCUCUGGUGGCAGAAUAAAAACAAAAUGUGAUAGAAUACUAUCACUUUGAACUGAAUGAACUAAACAUUAGGUUUGAUUUAAAAGCCUACAAAAAUCAAAAGGUACGUAGACAAGAUGUGAAAUAGUUAACAAGUGAAAGUGGCCAAAUUAUACUUAAUAGGCCUCUAAAUCUACUAAUUAAAACCUCUAUUUCCAUAUAGUUUGACCACACAUAUAUGAGUACCCCCUCCCUCUUGAAAGAAAAUGUCUUUAUUCAGGUAACUGAAUUGAUAAAGUCUGAUUCUUAAUCUGACUUGCCCAUAUGACUUAACCCAAAAGAAAUCUAAGGAAAAAGCAAACUUUGCCUCAAUUCUGUAAAAUUUCUAAAAUAAGUCAGAAAACACGUUACCUUAUGUUUGCACAAUGCUCAAUCAAGCUCAGACUUGCAGUCAGAUUCCUUGGUCAGGAAGGUAAUAUUUUGUGAAGCUAAAAUUAAGAACUGAAAAUUUGAACCUCGUUGUAAAACUCGUGUCUAAGUGGAUAGAUAGAUCUAUUAAUUACAUUUUAAAAAGAGAUAUAUAACUACUGGUAACACAAUUUAGGGCAUCAAACUCUUUGAUACUAUUAUUUCUUUUCACUAUACAAAAUAGCUAAGCCAUCUGGAGAUUACAUUUUAAAGUGUGAUAUAGAACUUCAGGUUUUACAUAGUUUUAGAGCCUUCAAACUCAUGAAUAUCACUGUUCCUAUUCACUGCACUAUGAAAAUGAAGAGGUUUACUUUCCCUAAGCUAUGAAAAUAAAAGUUAAGGAUAUUUCACUGCUAUUAGGCAUGAUUUCCCCAUAUGUCUUGGAAUGGACAUGACUUCAUUCUUUUGUGAGGAUGAAGCAUGUCUGUGGCAUGAAAAUAAACGAAGAAUUAGAAUCUGCAAGUGAUGAGUCAGUGAAUCAGUCUGAACCAUCAUAGUCCUAUGAUGCGCUGACAACCUGACAAAGUGCCAACAAAAAUAAAGACAAGCAUCUGUAUCAGACAUUGUGGAAGAUUUCCUUUUCAUUCUCCUAAUCAUUUAUGUUAUAUACCUUGGAGAAAAUCACACUACACAUAAAGCAGGUAAUAUGUACCUUAUAUGUAUUCCUUGUAUAAUGCUGAGCCAGAACAUGACAGAAGUAAAUGUUUUUAUAAAUAUUAAAAUAACAUUUAUAAAAUUCUACAUGCAUGCCAAUGACAAAUUUAGAUGCUUUGAGACAGUAGUCAUAGUGCGUGUAUUCCUUGCUGAAUCUCACUAGAAGUCUUUUCCCUAUCUGAAUGUGCGGUUUGAUAAAUUGUAUAUGUCACACUAUAAUAUUAAUAUACACUGGUACCUCCAAAAGCUCAUGGAAAAAUUGAAUUAAAAGAUAGUCUGUUGUGGUGCAAAAAAUGGGAUUCAUGCAUAGUUACUUCAUAAGACACGCUUUCCAUGAACGUUUUGAAGACCUCUCAUGUAUAUGGGAACAUAUAACACCAGUUGGGUAUUAGUUUAAUUUUAUUCUUAAAUAAUUUACACUGUGUUGCCUUUCCUCUCUUUGCUUCCUAAAAAUAGAUGCUACAAACAAUGCCUACUCCUUGCAUACAUAUACUAUAAAUUACAUAUACUAAUGUGGAAAGGUAAAUGUGAAUAUAUUUAGGAAUGUCUAGUUGCAUGUAUUGUGGUAUGUGAAUUGAAUUAACUGGUUAGAAGUACAAUGUUUUUACACCAAUUUAGAGAUAUGUUGCCAUUGUGCUGAAAAAUUUUCAAUUAGCCAAAAUAACAAUAAUACUCUGGUAUACAGCAACAGUUUACCAGUUGAUUUCACUGGAAUUUAGCAUGUUUUUUGGAGCAGUUUCAAACAAACCAAAUGCAUAGCUUAGGCAUUAGUGGCAACUGCUUUGAUAUAAGUGCCUUGGUAUACAUAUAAUCUUCUUAGGUUUGGACUGCAAUUAAAUGAUAAUUUGUAUUAAAGCUGUACAAAUAAACAUGGUUUGGAUGGCAACAUAAAACAGAACAAAUAGAUACAUAGAACAUUUGAAACAUAUCCAAUAUUAAAACUAUUUACAUGUGUGGUGCUGGCCAACUUUUGACAUGCUGUUUCAAUAAAAUAUUGAGAGGAAAGACUAGUAUCAUUUCCUUUCAAAGUUUCAAAUGUUCAUGUUUACAAAUUUGUACUGCACAUUAAUAUGUAAACAUACAUUAUGGUAAGCAGAUGUACAGAGAAUAGUUACAGGAUAUUUCUAUUUAGUUGAAAUGCCUAUUGGUUUUAUUUUUGAAGUACCUAAAAGAGAUAUACCAUUUAAUGCUAAAUAUAAUAGAAAACCUUGAAAUAACAGUACAGUAAGUUGUAUCACUAAAGUUCUUAAACAAAUUAUCUUAUUUGUUAUUGUUAAAUAUGGCAGAAUCUUUUUUUGGAUUUGUAAUAAAGUACAAAUGACAUUUCAGUUGUAGAAAUUUUAUAAAGAAUUCAGAAUAUUACUAG